CCAUUCUUCCCGGCGCCUUCCAGAUUUGGCUUCAUUUCUUCUCCUUGUCACAGGAAUGGACGGCGUGACACGAUGAGCAAUGAGCAGAAGAAAAGCCCGCUGACCGAUCCCGCGGUCCUGGUAUCGUCCCUGAAAGUCGGCGCGCUAAGUGCAUGUGCUGGUCUGACCUAUGGAGGCGCUUCGGGGAUUCUGAGAGCAACGAAGCAUCCGAUCAUCCAUAGUAUCUCGCAUGGAAUCCAUUGGGCUGCCUGGGGCACUUCCUUUUGGUGGAUGAGAAAUAAUAUUAUCAGUAUUCAUUACCAAGACAAUGCUACGCCAAAGGACAGGGUUUACGCCAGCGCUGUCUCCGGUGGUCUUUCCGGUGGCAUUGUCACACGGCUGAUGGGCGGAAAAUUUACCCCAGGCCUUGUACUGUUCUCGCUUUUUGGCUACGUCGGCCAAAAGACGUGGAAUUUUGUGGAAAGACGACAGCAGGAAAACGAAGGCAAAGGACCCAAGCCGAUAUUACAGCGCAUGGCAGAGUCCAAGUGGGUUCCGCUGCGCUCGCUGUCCGAUGACGAGUUCCGGAAUCUCUUGAACGAGAAACUGCUGAGCAUCGAAGUUGACAUUUCCCUUUUGGACGAGAAGAUUCAAAGCUUGGAGCGCGAGAGGGCAUUGGAGCAGAGCCAGAAAGCGCCAGAGUCCUCGCAGUCGUGA